UCUAGACGACAAAAAUAAUCAACCCUUAUAAAACUUGUUCUUUAAUAUACUAUUUUAAACUUGAAGCACAAAAUUAGACUUGUAUUCUAAUCAUCUAAUAAUUUUUGCUGAGAGUUAAUUGUCUAAAUAAAAAAUAACAUUCAACGUAACAAUUCCAAAGUCCCCAAACCGAGAAAUGUCACAAUUUUGUUUGUUGUCAAAUUUCCCAAAAGCGAGGUUAUUGUGUCAUUACCGGUGUUUUGGAAGCAUGUCUGUUAUUCCCCAAGUCCCCGACGCUGAUAUCGACCCAAACGGCGUCUUCAAGUACAUCCUUAUCAAACUCACAUGUCCCAACACUGAUGGCAAAAUUGAGGAAAAGAACAUCGUAAGAGGAUAUGCUUCAUGUCCUUAUCACUCCGAUAUCAACGAUAAAGUCACCGAAGAAUUACAAAAUUUAAAAUCAGCGAAAACUAUCAGAGAUUGGCGUACAAAAGUCUUGGGAGGUGGACGAAUUAAUCACGAUUCAGAGGGAAAAAAUAUCAAAGUGUAUGGGUAUUCUCAAGGUUAUGGUAAAGCAAACCAUGAGAUUACUGUUGAUAUUUUGAAAAAACACUAUUGCGAUUAUAACAUCACUUGGUCUGAUGACGGAUAUUAAAUACCUAACUUGUAAAUAAUAAAAUUCUUUUGAAACAAA